AUGGAAGAACGAGGCAUCAUUGAGCGCGUAACAAAAGCUCCGGACUGGAUUAGCGGAAUGUCUGCGGUAGCUAAGGGUAAGGGAGACUUCCGUCUCGUCGUCAACAUGCGGGCUCCAAAUCGCGCAAUAAAGCGAGAGUACUUUCGUUUACCGUUGUUGGACGAAAUGAAGCUGAAACUGCACGGAGCGAAAUUUUUCUCGAAAUUAGAUUUGACGAACGCCUUUUACCACCUGGAACUCCACGAAGAAUCGAAAGACCUGACUACUUUCUUAACAGAAGACGGUAUGUUCAGGUUCACUCGACUAAUGUUUGGGGUGAACUGCGCCCCGGAGUUAUUCCAGCGAGAAAUGUCGCGGAUUUUUGGUGGCGUAGAUAACGUCAUAAUCUACAUAGAUGACAUCCUCAUCUUUGCCAAAAACUUGGAGGACCUCCGUAAGACCGUGGCGGAAGUCUUAAGAAUACUGCGAGCAAACAACCUUACCAUCAACACGGAUAAAAGCGAGUUUGAUAAGACCCGACUAAAAUUCCUUGGUCACAACGGCUUUAACAUAGAUGAAAACAAAAUAAAGGACAUUCGCAGAUUUAGGACUCCUUCCACGGUUUCAGAGCUUCGCAGCUUCUUGGGGCUGGCCAGUUUUGUAAGUCCGUAUAUUGAUAACUUCGCUGAUACGGCAAGUCCAUUGUGGGUGGUUACCCGAACCAACUCGUGGUCCUGGGGUGACGAGCAGACAAAAGCCUUUGAACGAUUAAAGGAACAAAUUGUGCAAUGUACGACGACGCUCGGAUAUUUCUCGGACGAACAAUCAACGAUUCUUUAUACGGACGCAUCACCGAACGCUCUGGGUGCUGUCCUUAUUCAGGAGGAUAAGAACUGUCCUUCCCGUAUCAUAAGCUUCGCAUCGAAAGCUCUUACGCUCACUGAAAAGCGAUACCCACAAAACCAACGUUGUGGAUGCUGUUGGGCGGGAGUUUGGCCGAAACAUCUGAAGCGCUUUGAAACUUUGAGCAACGAUUUAGUUGUGAGGAAAGGAAUUCUAGUGAAAACUGGUUGCGCAGUUAUCCCAGAAAAUCUCCGCCGGAAAACUUUAACUGUCGCCCACGAAGGUCACCCAUCAGCGGCCAAAUUCAAGAAUAUCUUGAGGGAACGCGUUUGGUGGCCUGGUAUGGCUAAAGACGCUGAAGCAUGGGUGGACUCAUGCGUGGUUUGUGCGACUAACGGAAAACCGGAAAAACCAACCCCAAUGGCGCGAGGUUUUUACACCGAGUACAGUCUGGGAAACGAUAGCGGUCGAUUUCAAUGGACCAUACUUAAAAUACGGUGGUAUCUCAAUCCUCGUCGUUGUCGACUACCGUUCUCGGAAGGUUACCCUCAAAACUUGAAACCCGAUAACGGACCCCCUUUUAAUGGCGAAGAUUAUAGAAGGUACUGCCUUGAGCGGGAUAUCAACGUAAUCUUUUCCACACCGUUGUACCCCCAACAAAACGGAUUGGUGGAAAAUUGCAUGAAGUUGGUCAAUAAAGCGAUGACCGCAGCUUCAAUGAACGCAACGAGCUACGUCGAUGAGUUACAGGCUGCAGUGCAGGCGUACAACGCGGCUGCCCAUUCAGUCACCAAAAUACCACCGGAAGAAGUCAUGAUGGGAAGGAAGAUAAAGCGAGGACUCCCCUUGCUGUCUCGGGAGAAAGCUUCUUUCGAUGAUGACCAGUUGAACACAAGAGACCGGGAAUCCAAGUUGUUAGCAAAGCAGCAGGAAGAUAUAAGGCGAGGAGCACGACGAUGCCGAGUCAAACCAGGUGACACAGUUGUGGUCGAGCGGCAAUUCCGUGCUAAAGCAGAAUCACGAUUCUAUACCCGUAGAUACACUGUGGUAGAGGAGAAGAACGGCAUGUUGGUCCUCAGCGAUACCAACGGCCAGACGCUCAAAAGACAUGUGUCGCAGACCAAGAAAGUCCAUGACUGGAGACAAGAUGAAGAAAAGACGGAAUCAGCAGAUCCUGAUCGAUCAAGCGGAAACCCUGAUACCACUCAACCCCCGGCGCCCAAAACGGUGAAGCCCAACCCAACACUAACUGAAGCACCACAAUCACGUGUACGACGUCCCACUAGAGAGAAGCGGACACCAGAGUAUCUCAGAAAUUAUAUUCACUUAACGGAAAACUGGCAGGUAUAA